CCAGUGGGGUAGCUCUCCACAGCUUAAGGCAUGGCUUCCCAGCGGCGGCGCCACCAGCAGCAGCAACACCACCAUCACCAAUACCUCCGCGGUCUAAUUCCGGUAAUCUCAGCCGUCUCUGCCUCUCUCCUCCUCCUCCUUGCUCUCCUUUCAUUCCUCGCUCCUGCUCCGGUCGAUGAUGUCCCCCUCAGCCGUCGUUAUCUCCAUCACCACACCUCUUUCAAUGAUGACAUCGAAGUCCACGAGAAUGCGAAUGCCAGUGCAAUUUUCCGUGUUCCAAUGGACGGAGGGAGUUUAGGACAUGAUAUAUGGGCUUCCACGUUAUCCAAAUUCUACUAUGGAUGCAGUAAUGCCAGCAAUAAGUUUGCCAGAGCUGAAGCUAUCACACAACCCAAUCGUUAUUUGAUGAUUGCAACCAGUGGAGGCUUAAAUCAACAAAGGACAGGGAUAACUGAUGCUGUUGUCGCUGCCCGCAUCUUGAAUGCUACUCUUGUUGUUCCUAAGCUGGACCAGAAAUCUUUCUGGAAGGAUUGUAGCAAUUUUAGUGAGAUCUUUGAUGUGGAUUGGUUCAUUUCGUUUCUCUCAAAUGAUGUUAAAAUCAUAAAACAGCUCCCAAGAAAGGGAGGGAAAGUUUUGACUCCAUAUACCAUGCGUGUUCCAAGGAAGUGUACUGCAAGAUGCUAUCAAAAUCGUGUACUACCUGUUCUAUUGAAAAAGCGUGUUGUCCAGCUCAACAAGUUCGAUUACAGGCUUGCAAACAAGUUGGACACAGACUUACAGAAGCUGAGAUGUAGAGUUAAUUACCAUGCUUUAAGGUUUACUCAUCCUAUACUUGAAAUUGGCAUGAAAUUGGCCCACAGGAUGAGGAUGAGAAGCAGGCAUUUUAUUGCCCUCCACUUGAGGUUUGAACCUGAUAUGCUUGCAUUCUCUGGAUGUUACUAUGGUGGAGGAGAGAAGGAAAGGAAAGAACUGGGUGCAAUCCGUAGGAGGUGGAAAACGUUGCAUAAAAACAACCCCGACAAGGAACGGAGGCAUGGAAGAUGUCCUCUCACUCCAGAGGAGGUUGGAUUAAUGCUAAGAGCGCUGGGAUUUGGCAGUGAUGUUCACAUCUAUGUGGCAUCUGGUGAAAUAUAUGGAGGGGAAGAAACAUUAGCCCCUCUCAAAGCUCUCUUCCCAAAUUUCCACUCAAAGGAUACUGUGGCAAGCAAGGAUGAGUUGGCACCAUUCUCCGCAUUUUCUUCUCGCAUGGCUGCACUUGACUUUAUUGUUUGUGACGAGAGUGAUAUAUUUGUAACCAACAAUAAUGGUAACAUGGCCAGAAUCCUAGCCGGUCGAAGGAGAUAUUUCGGACAUAAACGCACUAUUCGUCCAAAUGGUAGAAAACUGAAUUCCUUGUUUCCGAGUCGGGCUAACAUGACUUGGGAAGCAUUUGCAUCCAGAGUCCGUACUCAUCAGAGAGGCUUCAUGGGAGAGCCAAAUGAGGUGAGGCCAGGCUGGGGUGAAUUUCAUGAGAACCCAUCAUCUUGCAUAUGUGAAGAUUCUGAGGCAAAGGCAAAACGAGAUCGAGUUUCCCAAAUUCAGACUAAGGGUGGCCAGAAAAGUGGGAAGGGUGGGAAUGAAGCAAUCAAAGAUACUGGUGAAGUCACUGACAAUCAAUUUGCUGAUGAUGAACCAGACUGGUCUGAUCCAGAUUACAUGGAGAAUCAGGAUGGGCCAGGGGAGAAGGGAAAGUCUACUGGGACACAUUUAGAUUAUGAUUUGUUCCUUAAAUCUGAGGAACCUGAGUUGGAAGAAAUGCUAUCAGAUUGAUGAAGCUACCUUGCCCCUAAACAAAAAGUUGUUUUGAUUGUACGUAACCCAUUCUUUCAUUGCAUUCUUUGGGACCUUCCACCUUUUUUGACAGUUUUUUGCUUAUUUGGAGAACGACUUUUGACCGCUGCUGGAGUUUGGAGAGUUAUAUUCCUGUAUAUAGAGGUAUAGCAAUAGAGUUUGUACAGCAUCGUAUUUUUGUGAAACUAGUUCAAAUUCAAGGACCAUUAAGGCAAGCUGCGUUGUGCAAAUUCAAAGCUUCCUCUGUACAAUAAUGGGAGGGGGGGGGGUGGAAUCUUCGGCCUCACAGUUGUAACAAACCUUUUUAGACAUUCCUUAAAAACACUGUUAUUGUAAAUUUGCAGAGGAAGGGGUUGGAGACGGAGCAGGAAAGGAGUCGUCGGGUCGUAUUGUAAAGGUUUUUCUGAAGAUGUGAACAUCAAAAUGUUAAAUUGGUAUCAGAAUGUUUAAACAAUGUGUUUUCCUAUGAUUAGAAAUAGAAAAUAGUCCUGAAGGUUGC